AGAAAAUGCUCAGUAAUCGCCUCGUUGGCUUUCUUUGCUCCCGGUCAUUCACAAAAUGCACAAGCCUGCCGAGCCGAUUCACACGUGACGGAUUACGGGAUCGAUUACGACAGCAGGAGCUCAAAGAGCUCACGAAAAAUCAUCAGAUUAAGCAGGCGUUUAGUCCAGACGCUAGAACUGUCAGGCCGAUGUCGGAUUUGUGGAAAGCUCUUCAAUUCACACUUGCCACAGGCGUCACCACAUUCUCCAUAGCAAUUGUCGCAGAUUCGUGGAAUCGCAGAAAAGAGGAACGGACGGCGCCGAUUAACGUUUUCGAUGCGGUUAAAUACUAUUUCGAACCUAAGGUUGAAGCCGGAAUCGAGUACAAAUUGACGAAUGGGGAGAAGCAUCUUGCAUUGCUUAUUGGAUUAAAUGUUGUGGUCUAUCUAAUGUGGAAGGGGAAAUCACUGAAUCCUUUUAUGACUCGAUAUUUCACGAAUAGUUAUGCAUCGAAGUCAUUGUGCUCACCAAUGUUGCUCAGCGCAUUUUCGCAUUCUUCAAUCAUUCAUCUUGGCCUCAAUAUGUACGUAUUGUCCACAUUCGCUCCACACAUUAUCGAAAAAUUCAUGGGAGUAGAGCAAUUCUGGUCAUUUUAUGUAACCGCCGCAGUUGUCUCCUCAUUUGUUAGUAUUGUUGAUAAGGCAGUUGUACGAUCACCGAUUAGAGCUCUCGGAGCAAGUGGAGCCAUUUUGGCAGCUCUUACAUAUACUUGCAUGCAGAUUCCUGAUGGUCGUCUCUCACUGGUAUUCAUCCCGAAUUUCGACUUUUCCGCACAAAAUGCAGUCUAUGGAAUUAUUGCGUUCGACCUACUUGGCCUACUUUUAAGAUUCCGUCUAUUCGACCACGCCGCCCAUCUCGGAGGUUCACUAUUCGGAGUCGGUUAUGCACUUUUCCUUCAGGAUGCUCUCUGGGAAAAGUAUGGAGAAUGGCUUGAGAAUCUUCUUUUUUCGUCGAGUGAAGAUAAAUAAUUGUUGUUUUUUAAAAGUUUCAUAUCUCAUUUGUGUUACGCGGUACAAAAAAAUUCUGAAAUUAUUUUUUAUUUUCACAAGAGUCCCCACACUCCUCGUUCUGUAAUAAAAAUGAAUACUUUUCAGGGGAAA